AUGCAGCUGCAUAGGACGCUCAGGAGAUCACCGACUAGUCCGAAUAAGGCACCAUCCCCCGACACUAAUGCAUUGCCUUCCCCAUGCUCAUACUCCGGCGGGAGCCAUGCUGCUAUCCUAAUCCCCAAUGUCGAUAGUCCAGACAGUGAGGGAAGUCGGAGUGACGGAACUGAUGAAGAAGGAUCCCUUUCCAAUAUACUGGCAUAUGAGGACACAGCCAUUUCUCAGCAACCACACAUCGCACACAAGCCACAUGUACCUUCAACAUACCCUUUGGAUCAUCUCCGUUCAGUGGUUGAAAGUCUUCUUGACCCACCGGUAUCGAGGACAUGUCAGAGCAAGAGAGAUUAUACCCCCAAGCCCGACAGGACGUUCCAUACAUGUCUUGCGGCCGUUACAGCCGAGGAUUAUAAAUAUCUGGUCAACAAGGGCGCCUUGCAGCUAUUACCAUGUGUCUUGCGAAACAAACUAUUGGCAGCGUAUGUCAAAUAUGUUCAUCCGUUGUUGCCACUUCUCGACCUAGGAACAUUUCUGUCCGGGGUUAUCGAUGGAGAUGAUGAGCAGUUUGAGUCACCCUUAUUGUAUCAGGCUGUCAUGUUUGCGGGCAGUAUAUUCAUUCAGGAUGUCGACGGAGAAGCCCAGGACCAAAGUUUGACUGCAAUUCUUUUUGAACGCACCAAGGUUCUGUAUGAGUUCGAAACGGAACAACGUGCAUACACUCAGAUCCAAGCACUACUGUUAAUGACUCUCUGGCAUGGGGAUAUGUCACGUCACAAGGGUCCAUCGUACUGGCUUGACCUGGCCUUUUCGACUGCCGAACGAGUCGGCCUACUUCAAGACGAAUUCUGGACAUACGACAGUCCUUCAAUCAAACCACUCAUGUGGUGUUGUCUUUACGUGCGAGACCGGAUCAUAUCUCUUGGCUCCCGUCGCCCAGUGCGCAUGCCGGUGAGCCGAUAUCCAAGCUCAGUUCUAGGCAUUACAACCUUCAUCCACGAGGAAUACAGCGAUUCUGUCCUCGAGAGUCUAGGCAGUGCGGCGUCAAUGCUGACCCGAUCCAGUCGGGAACAAUCAGCCAUGCUCUUCACCGAACUGGUCAAGCUCUCCUAUUGCGUGGGGACAAUUCUCGAUUAUCUGUACGAAGGCGCAUGGAUCCCACUUCCAUGUCGCAGCAGUUUAUAUUCCUUGACUCCGAAAUGCAACGUGCCACCAAUCACCAAGCCAAGUUGUGAGAAACUCCUCCAAUCCUGGAUCCAGCUUCUUCCUCUCACAGCCACCUAUCACCUACCGCUCUUCCCCUCCGACAGGGGGCGUGAAUCGGUUGAAACCGUGUUCCUCGUUCACAAAGCGUUUCUUUACCUACUAUACUUGACCGCCAUGGCCGUGAUAUACCGCACAGGGCCUGAGAACCGACCGUCCAACUCUAGCCUUCCGAAUUUGAAAGGCCUACGGGCCUCAACGUCGCAGAUAAAGAGGGUUCUCACAGAACUCGACGAUAUGGACUUGCUCCGCUUUUUACCGGGGACGUCAGUUACGAUCAUCAUGUUUGCGAUCGAGGCCAGUGUUUUGGAUCUUCAGGGAUCGGAUUCGAUAGUCCGAUUGCAGGCCAUGUCAAACCUGUAUGCAUGCGAGGAGGCUGCAUUGAACCUGCUUCAGGUUUAUCCCACGGCGGAGUUGGCGCUGUUGAAAACCAGAACUGCCCGUUCCAACCUGCUUGGGCUGGUGGAGACAUAG